AUGUUCUCUCCUCGCGGCACCCCAGGCUCGGGGCGAAGACACACGACUAGAGCAGGCAGUAGAAAGAGUCUUGGUACACCUGGACUUCUGUUCUCCCCGCGACGGUCUUCAUUGGCAGCGAGAUCUACUCCCACGCGCGUGCAAAGCUAUGCGACCGUGGACACCGAGAAGUUCGACGUCCAAACAUUCGGCUCCUCGCUGCCUGUCAAAGUCAUGGAGGCGCUGACCAUGGCUGACGUGGACGACCAGAUAUCCGUUAAGGUGGAGGAUUCCGGAUGGGCUUGGAUGGUCUGCGGAGAAAGACUAAUCAUUUGGAAGAUCUGUCAGACCGCCGUUGCCAAGUUGUCUGUGUGUAAGGAUCUGCAGUUACCGCCCAGUGAGUUUGCCUACAGUGCUGAUCUUAUCUCCAUAUCUGCCUCAGACCGACUGGAAACUGCUCCUGUACAGUCUAUCUCGGUGCUGGCGGUGUCUCCUGAGGGCAUGGCUCGGUGCUGGUCCAGUCUUGCUCAUGAGGGAACAUAUACAGAGAUUGCAGCAGAACUGGGGGGGAACCUCUGCAACUUUGUCACUGCCGUCAAGGGCGGUAGUUUCAUUGUAUCCUCCUAUGGAGGGCAGCUUUUGCGGAUGGGGGCGGAUGCUUCCGGAAAGCUCUGCCAGCGCCCUUUACAGCAGGGUCAGGGGGUCCUGUCUGGCAUCGGCCGCCGAGUUUCCAGCCUCUUCGGCAUCCGAGGACCUCCGACGGACGUCACCGUGCACAGUGUGUUGUGGGUGAGGGAGUUGAGCUGUCUGUACACUCUGACCAGUGAUGGCUUAAAUAAAUGGGUGGUGGAUGAAAGUGGAGAACAGCAGCUCUACAGCUGGAACGCCACUCAGAGCCUCGCGGAGAGCAUCUCAGACGCCAUCUGGGGCUCUGAGAGUAACUAUGCGGAGAUGAAAGAGGGAGUCAACAUCAGCUAUCUGGACCUGCAGCUCAGCCCGGACGGGCUGGUGGUUUUGGCCGCUGCCUGGCACCCGGCAGACACUCCGUGCCUGGCCUACUUCUGCCUGGUUACGCUCCCCGACAACGUGAGUCAGGUGUCAGACGAACUCUCUGUAGAGGUCACCAAGUACAACCCUCCAUUUCAGAGCGAGGAGGAACUGCAGAAGACCCGUCUGGUGUUGCCGCGGGCGACCAGCCCCGCGGCGUACCUCUACAACGAGGACCUGGUGUACGCCUGUAGCACGGGGACCGGCCGCGGUUCUCUGCCCGAGGAGAAGAUCGCUUUCAACUCCCCCGGAGACCACAUCCGCGGCGGUGGCGUUUGUGCCAACCUGCCCGUCUUCUUCUCCCAGAACAGUGGGCUCGUCGCCGUGGUAGCCAGAGAAAACGCUUCGAUACUACCAGAGAACAUGGAGGACUCUCUCUGCACUUCACUGGCUGGUCCUGGACCUGAGGGAACGCCUUUGGAGACGCCGCCGAAAACGGAUACUGUUGCCCAGGAGGACAAGACGAAACGUCUGAAGUCGGCUUUCCUGCAGUUCUGUCGACACGAUCUGCUUGGUGCUCAGAACAUGACAGACGAGCUUUUCCCCAAUGACGGAGAAGAAGGGGCGGGAGGAGAGCUGGACAAAGUCGUAACCCAGAUUAACCUUGACCUUGUGGACGAUUACCCUGCCUCUGACCCACGAUGGGCCGAGUCUGUACCCGAUGAGAGUGCCGGAUUCACUCUGACCUCUCUGAUCCUCCUGCACCAGCUGGAGGACAAAAUGAAAGCUCACCACUGUUUCAUGGACUUCCUCUCACAGAUGGGCUUGUUGGAUCGGUUGGGCUCUGCGACGGUGCGCUCGUCUCCCAUGGCAACGCGGCUGUUGCUGUGCGAGCACGCGGAGAAGCUGGCCGCGGCCAUCGUGCUGAAGAACCAUCACGCCAAACACCCCGAGCUGGUCAACACCGCCAUCCUCUCCGCCCUGACGAAGAGCAGCACUGAGGUUCCCGCCAGCCUCACGCCUGCCGACGUCUUCUUCAGAGAGGUGUCUCAGAUUUCGUCCAUCUUUGAGUGUUUGCUGGAUGAAGAAGAGAAAGCCCUAAAGGAGAACCCUGUUGAUUCUGUCCAGUGGGCCGAAGUCGUACUUAACGUCAACAAUAUCAUAAAGGAUAUGCUCCAGGCCGCAGGGCAGUACAGAGAGACGAAAGCCUCUCUCUACAGAGCACCUGAAAAUUCAGCUCCUGAACCUGAGUACAUCCCCUGGACAGCGUCUGGAGGUCCAGGUGGUGUGCGGACAGCCAUAAGCCGCCAGCAUGAGGUCAUCCUGAAGAUGGUGUACCCUCACGCCGACUCAGAGCUGCGUAACGCUCUUAACGAACAGUUGGUGGCGCUGUUGGACUCUCUCCUGAGCGGCUACGUGGCCCAGCUGACGUCUCUGCGCCGACCGCUUCAGCAGGAGAGAUACAACGCGCUGGAGCUGGAAUACACACAGAGACGCUCCGAGCUACUGAGACCCCUGUUGGAGCAUCGGCAGUACCAGUGGGUGGCGGCGUUGGCUGAAAAGUACUGUGAUUUUGACAUCCUGGUCCAAAUGUGUGAGAGGACAGAGAACCAGAGCCGCCUCCAGCACUAUAUGACCAAAUUCGCCGAUCAGAACUUCGCAGACUUCCUGUUCCGCUGGUACAUGGAGAAAGGGAAGCGUGGGAAGCUGCUCUCUCAGCCAAUCAUGCAGCACCAGCAGCUCGCCAACUUCCUGCAGGCCCACCAGCACCUCAGCUGGCUCCACGACAUCCACGUCCACGACUACCAGAGCGCCCAUAAGACCUUGUACGGUCAGGCCAAUAUGGAGACGCGAUAUUUUGUCAAGAAGAAGACACUGCUCGCGCUCAGCAAACUCACGGCCUUGGCCUCCGACAUGCCCGAUGCCCUGCGACAGAAACAAGUCGACGACAUUAUUGAGCAGGAGCGAUUCUUACUACAUCAAGAGACUCUGCCCAAAGAGCUCCUGGAGGAGAAACAACUGAAUCCAGAUCUCAUGCCUGUACUCAGCGCACACAACCUCAUUAAUCUGUACAUUUGCGAUGAGAAUCGUGAUGCGAACGAGUACGACUUUAAAAAGGCGCUGGACCUGCUGGAGUAUAUCGAUGAGGAGGACGCUGUGGACAUUGAAGCUCUUAAAUGUGAGAUCUUCGCCAAGGCGCUGAAAAAAGACUGGAAAGAGAAUUGGUCAUCUGCUGAUCCUAAUGAUGAUCCUCUUGUGGCAGCUAAAGACAGCAACUUCAUCAGAAUCCUCCAGAAACUCGCACAGGAAGGUGUUUCUCUACAGACGUAUUUGCCGGAUGUCAAGGACCUGCUCCAAAUGGAAGAACUGGAGAGUAUGAAGUCAAAGCCCUACUUUGAGUUUCUCGUCAAAGCAAACUAUGAACAUUACCUACAAGCCCAACUGUAA